CGUCCAACCUCGCUUUGAGCUAACGCUUGCCUAGCCUUUUUUGUCGAUGGCAUGGUGCUAGUGGCUACGGCAGAAACACCGUUGUCACGAGAAAAUAAGAAUUUUUAAAGUGAAUUCGGAUAGCUAAUGGAAAAUAGUUGAUUAAGGUGGAUUUCUGUAGUAGAUGACAGCCAUCACAUCUUUAACAGUUCAGCACCCAGCCUCACAUUUUGAGGUUGCCAGUUCUGCUCCAAGGUUGGCUAGCUAGCGGGCUAACGAUAGCCGAUUAACGCUUAACUAGUUGAGCUAACGACAACUCGGAAUCUAUUUAACAGUUACAACGUCUUGAAUUCCUUGGGGUUAUUAGGAAACGACCAAAAUUAGAGUAAUAGCAUGGCAGAAGCCGAUAAGUUGAACAUCGACUCCAUUAUACAACGUCUGCUGGAAGUGAAAGGCUCCAGACCUGGCAAAAAUGUUCAGCUGACAGAGAAUGAAAUCCGUGGCCUCUGCCUCAAAUCCCGGGAGAUCUUCCUCAGCCAGCCAAUCCUGCUCGAACUUGAGGCACCCCUCAAGAUUUGUGGGGAUGUCCAUGGGCAGUACUAUGAUCUGCUGAGGCUGUUUGAAUAUGGGGGCUUUCCACCGGAGAGCAACUACCUGUUCCUGGGGGACUAUGUAGACAGAGGCAAGCAGUCCCUGGAGACCAUCUGCCUGUUGCUGGCUUACAAGAUCAAAUACCCAGAAAACUUCUUUCUGCUGAGAGGAAACCAUGAGUGCGCCUCCAUUAACAGAAUAUAUGGCUUCUACGAUGAGUGUAAGAGGCGAUACAACAUAAAGCUGUGGAAGACCUUCACUGACUGCUUCAACUGUUUGCCUGUUGCAGCCAUUGUUGAUGAGAAGAUCUUCUGUUGCCAUGGAGGCCUAUCCCCAGACCUCCAGUCUAUGGAGCAGGUGCGAAGGGUCAUGCGCCCCACUGAUGUGCCUGACCAGGGCCUCCUCUGCGACCUGCUGUGGGCUGACCCGGACAAGGAUGUGCUGGGCUGGGGUGAGAACGACCGCGGCGUCUCCUUCACUUUUGGCGCAGACGUGGUCACCAAGUUCCUCCACAAACACGAUAUGGACCUCAUUUGUCGGGCCCAUCAGGUGGUUGAGGACGGAUAUGAGUUCUUUGCAAAGAGGCAGCUAGUGACGCUGUUCUCAGCCCCAAACUACUGCGGUGAGUUCGACAAUGCCGGAGCCAUGAUGAGCGUAGACGAGACCCUCAUGUGCUCAUUCCAGAUUCUCAAGCCUGCAGACAAGAAGCUGUUCUAUGGAGGUGGAGGGGGCAUGGGCUCUGGUCGCCCAGUCACUCCCCCUAGGAAAGCCAAGAAAUGACACCAGUAGUUUGCCCUUGACCUCCAACCCACCCUUCCUGCCCUCUCUACCUCUCUUCUCCUUUCUUUCACCAAACAGCCAGAAAUCAAACCUAUACCCAGGGCUUUUUUUCCUUUUUUAUCUGUACUUCUUAAAAACAUUUAAUGUUACGAAUUGUCUGAGUGAGUGCGUGUGCGUGCGCAGGCGACGAACACGUCUCGUCUGCCGGUGAGCAUUAAAAUCAUGUGUGCACGUGUACAUUUUGUGUGAGAGUAUUAGAGAUUUAUACUUUCCCCUCUCUCUUACCACUCUUCCCUUGGAAAGGUUGAAACCACAGUGUCUGUCUGUACAGUAAUUUUGACUUAAAUGCAGGGUUUGGGAGACAGAGGGAGAUUGCUGACAUAAUGAAUUUAGCAGCAAAGCCCUGCCAGCAGGUGAUGUGUGUGUACUUGUAGAGGGGGGGAAGUAUUUUGUUUUCCCUGUCCUCUGUACUGUAAAAUCUCAAAAACAGGUGUGUGCGUGCGUGUGUGUCUGCGUGUGUACAUGCGGUGUCUUCCCCAUCUGAGUGACGUCGCAGUAUCCGGAAAAAAACAGGAAGUAUGUCACCAUGAGCAGUCGCAUGCUUACCCACACAGACACACACACACAUGCGUAUGACUCUUCGUCUCAGAUUCAUAUGAGCCAGAGCUGUAAAAACCCCAUACAGUUUAGGUUUGUACAGAUUUGAUUACUUGAAAGAGAUUUUUUGUGAAUUCGUUUUGUAGUCUUUCAUCAAGUUGACCAAUAAAGCGAGAAUCUGAACUACAA